UUCGCGAACGAGCCAUCACUACCACACAUCCAGUGCUAAGCACAAGUGAGAUAGGGCUCUGCUUCGUUCAUCACAGGCUCGCACACCCUGUCAUUUCCAGCCAUUCAUUCUGCCCUCCCUCGCUUCGGCGCACGCUGCAUUCCUCUGGUUGCUUUUGGAUAGCGCAUAGCGAUGUUUCUCUGCAGAACGGCCUGGCAAAGAUGUGGGCAUUUGGCAAGGAAGUCAGCCUACCAGUUAUCUAGAGAUGUACUGCCACGGCGACAGAUGUCGUCGCUCCCCGGUGGUACUGGUGAUAACAUCAUCUAUGCCCUGCUGUGUGGUGGGGCCUUCGCUGGAGCUGUCGCCUAUACGUACAACACUGUGACCACAGACCACGCCAGAUUCACCGACCGUGUAGCGGAUAUCAACGCUCGUCCCAAGACCGAGUGGGUUCCCAAACCAUGGCCCCCCAAGAGCAGGGAUGAGGAAGAGGAGGGUGAGGAAGCAGUAGCUGAUGGAGAGGAGGAAGCAGAGGAGGCGGCGGCUGGAGAGGAGCCUGCAGCUGAAGAGGCUGUAGAGGCGGAAAACGUAGCAGAACUUGCUGAAGAGACCGAGGCAGUCUCUGAAGAACCUGCUGUGGAGGCAGCAGUAGAGGAAGUGGCUGUAGUAGAAGCAGAGACUGUGGUGGAGGAGGUCGCAGAGGCUGUCGCCGAGGCUGCUGAAGUCAUCGCCGAGGUUGCUGAAGAGGUCGUUGAGGUGGCCAAGGAAGUAGAGGCGGCAGCAGAGGAAGUGGUCAUAGUGGCCGAGGCCGUGGAGGAUGCUGCAGAGGCCAUUGCCGUGCCGGCCUUCCCCGAGGAAGCGGUUGCUGUGGUAGAGCCAGAGAGCAAUGUGGCACCAGUCGCUAUGGCUGCAGCCUCUGCUUUGGCGGUGACAACAGUCGCUAAAGUAGUUUUAGAAGUCAAGGAGGCUGCCCCUGUAGAGGUCCCAGCUGCAGAAGAAGCCACUCCAGUCGAGGCCGCACCCAUAGAAGAGGCUCCAGCUGCAGUCGAAGAAGCUCCAAUUGAGGCUGCCGCAGCAGAGAUUGUGGAGGCAGACGCUGCUCCUGUGGAGGCAGACGCUGCUCCUGUGGAGGCAGACGCUGCUCCUGUGGAGGCAGACGCUGCUCCUGUGGAGGCAGACGCUGCUCCUGUGGAGGCAGACGCUGCUCCUGUGGAGGCAGACGCUGCUCCUGUGGAGGCAGACGCGGCUCCUGUGGAGGCAGACGCGGCUCCUGUGGAGGCAGACGCGGCUCCUGUGGAGGCAGACGCGGCUCCUGUGGAGGCAGACGCGGCACCUGUGGAGGCAGACGCGGCACCUGUGGAGGCACACGCGGCACCUGUGGUGGAAGAUGCGGCACCUGUGGUGGAAGAGACGCCAGCUGCUAAGGAGUACAUUGUCGUGGUGCUGGACGGAGCGAGCAAGUCAGACAAGAGGCCCAAAGUCCUCGGGAUUGGCCCCAUGACCGGCAGGAUUAUCCCAGACGAAGACGAGGCCCCUGCUGCUGAGGUAACAGGGCAAGCGACGGCUGCUUAGGAUACAGAUGCAGUUGAACCAACUGACAGUAAGCACUUGGAGCCCCUGGAUGAUAUAUCUACUCUGAGGAAGACAAGGGAUGUGCCUUCCCCCACACUUGAACCCUUCCACACACUUUGACCCCUAACCCCUGACAGUCUACCCUUGAUUUUUAUCUGUAGUAUAAAACUUUUCUCCCUGUCUUGCAUCAGGGAAUUGUCUGUGUAUAUGUUCAGAUAAUAACUGCUUUAUGGAAACAAACAUCUGAUAUAUUAUUUUGAUGUACUCCACCAGUUCCAAGAAGAGGUACAUCUUCCUCUUGUAUCACAUUGGAGACGUUUAGAAAUGGUCCAUCUACAGUGCCUUGCGAAAAUAUUCGGCCCCCUUGAACUUUGCGACCUUUUGCCACAUUUCAGGCUUCAAACAUAAAGAUAUAAAAC